GAAGAGUUGCAGAGAAGAGGAAAACGACAAGAAAACCAAGAGGAUAACAUGCAAAACACAAGCCUUCCGAGAACCUCCCCUUCUCCCUCCCAUGGAGCUCGUCCUUCCACCCUUCUCUUCCCUCCUCCCCAAAUCCCAUCAUCACCCACCCCAGCCUCUCUCUCGGGCCCGCCAUGGCCGCCUCCAAGAACCGAUAAUGGCACUCGCUCAAGCUCCGCCGCUCCCACUUUCGCUUCAAGAAGCCAGGAGCGUCCAUGUCCCCCACCGUGCCCGCCCCGUCGAAGAGCCUGCAAGAGCACAUCCGUCCAGUUCCAUCGCUAGCGAGGAGCCCCGUUUUGUCUCGGAGACAAAACUCAUCGCUUUUCAUUCAUCUGCGGGGCGUCUUGACGACGCCCGCAAGGUGUUUGAUGGAAUGAGUCACAAGGACCUGCUCGCCUGGUCAUCCAUGAUCGGCGCGUACGCCACCAGGGGCAUGUUUGAUGAGGUCCUUGUGCUCGCGGUGAAGAUGGUCAGCGAAGGUGUGCUCCCGGACAGGUUCUUGAUCACUCGGAUUUUGCAGGCGUGUGCGUAUGCCGAGGACCUGGAGCUUGGGACAGUGCUGCAUUCCAUGGCUAUCCGGAGAGGGUUUAUGGGGAGAGAGAAGGACGUACCUGUUAGUAACUCGGUGCUGGUGAUGUAUGUCAAAUGUGGAGAAUUGGGAUUUGCACGUGUGGUGUUUGAGAAGAUGGGGCGCCGGGACUUGGGCACAUGGAAUUCAAUGAUUUUUGGGUGUUGCCGGUCUUGCAAGUGGGAGGAGGCACGGAGGCUUCUCGAUGAUAUGAGAAAGGAAGGGAUAGAGCCGGGGGUUGUCACAUGGAAUACAUUGAUUUCGAGCUAUGCUAGGUCUGGUGAUCUUAAUGUGGCCGUGGAACUGCUGGAACAGAUGGAAGAGUCUGGAGUAGAACCAGAUGUUGUUACCUGGACUAGCCUCGUGUCAGGUUUCGUGCAUAGUGAUAGAGGGGUUGAGGCACUUCAAUGUUUCAUCCGAAUGCGUCUCGCGGGAGUUGAACCAAAUGGCAUGACAAUUGCAUGUGCUAUCUCAGCUUGUGCAAGUUUGAAGUUACUAAACCAGGGAAGCAUGCUCCAUUGCCAUGCCAUUAAGGUUGGGAGCGUAAAAAAUGUGCUCUCAGGGAACUCCUUGGUUGACAUGUAUGCAAAAUGUGGAGAAACAGUUGCAGCUAGUAGAAUAUUUAAUCAGAUACCCGAGAAAGAUAUUUUCUCUUGGAAUUCAAUGGUUGCAGGGUAUGCACAAGCGGGGUAUUGUGGCAAAGCGUAUGAACUCUUUUGUAAGAUGGAAAAUUAUGGUAUCCGACGCAAUGCGAUAACCUGGAAUACAAUGAUAUCAGGGUACAUACGAAAUGGGGACGAUGAGAGAGCUUUUGAACUAUUCCAGACGAUGGAAAGUUAUGGAGUAAAAAGGGAUACUGCUUCAUGGAACAUACUCAUUGCCGGUUCAGUGCAUAAUGGAUAUUUUGAUAGAGCCCUAAGGAUAUUUCGGCAGAUGCAAGCAGUUCUGAUCAAGCCUGACUACAUUACAGUCCUAAGUAUCAUCCCUGCAUUUGCAAACCUGGUUGCUGCGUGGAAAGUGCGGGAGAUCCAUGCCUGUAUUUUCCACCACAACUUAGAAAUAGAUGGUAAAAUUGCAAAUGCACUUAUUAAUGCCUAUUCAAAAUCUGGCGAUCUUGCUGGUGCUUGUGCUGUUUUUGAUAGGCAUUCCUCAAGGAACAUUAUUUCUUGGAAUUGUAUCAUUGUUGCGCAUUUGCUACAUGGUUCUCCAACUGAAGUAUUGAAUCACUUUUAUAAAAUGAAGCAACAAGGUGUGCUGCCAGAUCAUACAACUUUGACAGCUGUUAUCAAAGCCUACGGUAUGGAGGCAAUGGUUUCUGAAGGGAGGGAAAUAUUUCUCAAUAUGGAGAAAAAUUAUAAUGUAACUCCAGAUUUAGAUCAUUACACAGCAAUGGUAGAUCUUCUUGGACGGUCUGGGAGACUGCAAGAAGCAUAUGAACUCAUAGACGAGAUGCCACUCACACCAAAUUUAACAGUGUGGGAGGCAUUACUAACCUCAGCAAUAAUGCAUGGAAAUGUAAGGCUAGCACACCUGGCUGCUACAGAGAUGUCAGAUAUUGAACCCAGCGAUCUUAGAAUCCAAAUGGUAGUUUCUGGUCUGCAAGAUCUAGCUGGAAAAUCUUUUGAUGUGCCAAAGUUAACGGUACACAACAAAGGAAGAAUGUUGGAUGGGAUUGAAUGUUGUUCAACAGAAAUAAAAAACAUAGUAUAUUUGUUCUCGACUGGUGAUAAUGUUGCCUCAGAACAUAUAGUGGCUGAAUUAGAGUUGAUAAUGAUGCAGAUAGGACUCUCUAUGCUUGACAUCAGUAGUGGAACCCUAGAUGUUGAAGAGGAAAAGGAAGAAGUUGCAGGAAUCCAUUGCGAGAAACUAGCAAUUGCGCUUGGGAUUUCUAAUUCCCCUCAAUUUAGAAGCAUACGCAUAAUCAAAACUACAAGGAUGUGCAACCAUUGCCACACCUUUGCUAAAUUAGUUUCAGAGAAAUAUGGGCGCCAGAUACUGAUCAAGGAUCCAAAAUGUUUGCACAAGUUUGAGAAUGGAAAGUGCUCCUGUGAAGAUUAUUGGUGAGUUGCUUGUAUGAGUUAACUGGGCAAAUGAGGCUGCCAGGUGGUUAGAUUGCUUCUGGUACAGUAAAUCACAGAGCUAACUUUAUGAACAGGUCUUGUUCAUCUUGUUUUAACAUCACAUACCCCAGGAGUUGCAUUGUCUCGCAUUGACAAUAAAUAGGUUAAAGAUUAGUCUCUCCAGGAAUUCUACGUUCAUAUAAAAUAUUAGUUGUUCUGGUAUCAGAUAACAAAGCCAUUCAGGUGAUGCAUACUCCCAGCUUUAGUGAACUUAUUGUGGACAAACUGGGAGAAGAGAUCACUGCAUGUGGUUGCUGAAGACCAUCAUUUUAGGAAACAUUUUGGCACACAUAUUUAUGUGUAUACUUCGAUCAUUUAUCCAUUUUACGGAAUGGCUGUGUGCCCCUAUUCAUAUGACAGAAGUGGUUCAUCCAUAAUCUCCAGUUCAGAAGCUUUAAACUGGCAAUGUCACCUCGAAGAGUGAGUAGUUUAUUGUAGAGAAGAUCCUUCCAGACAGUAGUCUUCAUCAGACCCUGCUGUGGCAAAUAGGAAUGACCUGCGAAUGUUUUGUUCAUACCAAAUGUAACACACCAUAAACCUUAGUGAUAGUGAUCUAGUAAGGUACAUAAGCUAUUGGCUACAUUAAUUUAUUCCAGCUAAUACAGAAUUAUUAACUUAUGUUGCGGCUCUCGCCCCUCUAGAAAUUCUUCUUGGGUGCUCUGUCCAACCUGACGUAGUAAAUUCAAGACAAGGACUGCUCACAUAUGUAGCAACGUUUGUAAAUUCUGUAAAAGGGAAAGAAAAUGCACUUGCUGAUUCAACAAGUAGAUUUGAGAAUUUUGUGCAAGUAGUUCUUGCAAAAUCCA